AUGACGACGCUAACUCAACAUACUUCACAUCAAUUCUUUGAUGAAAGUAUAGCAUACUCAGAACCAACUAUGAUUUCAGAAAUAGGUCCAAUUCAUGAUACUAGUAUAAAUACUACCACUCAUAACAAUGUUGAUAAAGUUGUUCAAUCAGUUACAAUUGCAACCAAGCGAUUAUCACAAAUAUCAACAAAUACCAAUAAUUCAAAUAAAAAGAGAAAAUCACAAAAUAAAAUAGGUCCAUGGAAACUAGGGAGAACUUUAGGUAGAGGUUCAACUGGUAGAGUAAGAUUAGCCAAAAAUAUAAAAACUGGUAAACUUGCCGCCGUUAAAAUUGUUCCAAAAGCAAAUUUCAAAAAAUUAGAAAAUCCUAAAUAUAAAAGACAAGAUAAUCCUGAUAAUAGUUUACCUUAUGGAAUUGAACGUGAAAUUAUCAUUAUGAAAUUAAUUUCACAUCCAAAUAUUAUGGGAUUAUAUGAUGUUUGGGAAAAUAAGAAUGAUUUAUAUCUCAUUUUAGAAUAUGUUGAAGGUGGUGAAUUGUUUGAUUAUUUGAUUAAAAGAGGUAAAUUACAAGAAUUUGAAGCAAUUAACUAUUUCAAACAAAUCAUUAAUGGGAUCAAUUAUUUACAUCAAUUCAAUAUUUGUCAUCGUGAUUUAAAACCAGAAAAUUUAUUAUUAGAUUUCAACAAGAAUAUUAAGAUUGCCGAUUUUGGAAUGGCCGCUUUAGAAGUUAAAGAGAAAUUAUUAGAAACUUCUUGUGGAUCUCCUCAUUAUGCAUCUCCAGAAAUUGUGGCUGGUAGAAAUUAUCAUGGUGCUCCUUCAGAUAUUUGGUCUUGUGGUAUUAUCUUAUUUGCCUUAUUAACUGGUCAUUUACCAUUUGAUGAUGAAAAUAUUAGGAAAUUAUUAUUAAAGGUUCAAAGUGGUAAAUUUGUCAUGCCUCAUGAUUUAAGUUGGGAUGCUAAAGAUUUAAUUAAUAAAAUGUUGAAAGUAAACCCCAAAGAUCGUAUAUCAAUUGAUGAUAUUUUAGCUCAUCCUUUAUUAACAAAGUAUCCUGAACCAAAUGUCUCUUAUGCAUCAACAAUGACAUUGGAUUUGAAGAAUGCCACUAUUAGACCAAUUGGAUCAAUUGAUAAAAUAGAUAAAGAAAUCCUCAAGAAUCUUUCAGUUUUAUUCCAUAAUUGUGAUGAACAAACUAUAAUGGCCCGAUUAUUAUCACCCAAGAAAUGUCCCGAGAAGAUGUUCUAUUAUUUAUUGAUGAAAUAUAGAAAUGACCAUAUAUCCGCCUCAAGUUCAUUGAGUAGUGACAUGAAUGAUAUUGGCUCUUCGUCAAGACAAUCAUUACCUAGGUCCACUUCAAUUGUGAAAACAACCAUAGUAGAUGAUGAAACUGGAGAAACUUCAUACACCACAACCAGGAAAAUAUUAACCAAAUCUUCCUCCAUCUAUUCCAACAAAUCAUUAUUAAAACAAGCAACUUCAAAAGCUGUUCUUGCCAAUAUAACCAACAAAGCCAACUCAUCAAAAGCUUACGCUGUAUCAACUCCACUCAAUAAGAAGAAAGUCAUUCAUAAUAACCAAGUCAUCAGUAGCAAGAGUCGUAACACUUCUUCUCGUUCUUUGAAAUCAAAUAUAAGUGGGCAUACUCCUCCAGGAUCAAGUGAAAGUGCACAUACACCAAGCAAUUCAACGAAAAUUCCAAAUCAACCUCCACCUGUUUUAAAACGCAGAUCAACUGGAUUGACCUUGGGUGAUUUUGAAACUUCACCUUCGAAAAAUGUGAAAACCCAACUGACUACAGCUAUAUUGACAAGAAAAUCUACCGGAUUAUCUUUGGGUGAUUUUGGGGAUGAGAUUACCACCACUUCUCCGGUGAAACAGCAACAAAACACCAAAUCUCCAGUUCCAAUUCAAGAUCCACCUGUAUUAAAGAAAAAAUCUACGGGAUUGGGUAUGGAUAAACUUGUUGUUGUUGAUGAUGAGACAGCAGCGUUUUCCGAUCAUCAUCGUAAAGAGCAACGUGAGUCCAAUAAACGGAGAUUAACUGGUACAUUUGGCAAUAAAUCUUUAUUGAAUUUUGAAUUAAUCUGUGACGAAGCAUUUGGUGAACAUAGUAAAUCACAAGAAGUCAAAACUCCUGCAAGAAAAACCACAAUCAAGAGAAAGAAUGAAGGUUCAUUAGCCAGAAAAGAACGAGAAUUGGCUGAGAGAGUGCAUGAAAUGAAUGAAGCUAGAGAACGUAGGAUGAAAGCUGAAGAAGACGCAAGAUUAUUACGUGAAGAAAAGUUGAGAUUACAAGAAGAAGAACGGAGACUUACUGAAUUGAAAUUGACUCAAGAACAACAAGAAUUAUCAGAUAAACAAAAAGCAGCAAUGAGCAGAUUACAAAACCAUCAAAGUUCUAAUGAUUUUGCUAAUUUGUUUUCUGGUAAUCGUCGUUCAGCCACUGCACCUGCACCACCUAUCACUACUCACCUGUUAGAUCCAAGAGCUAAUUCAUUAUUAAGAGCACGUACUUUGGCUAAUCCUGAUGGUUCUCGUAAUUUCGCCAGGGUUCAUAAUGUGAAUGAAAAUACUACCAGAACAUUACAAAAGUUGGGUAUUGAUGUUGCACCUUCACCCAAGAAAUUUUCUAAUGGUUUCAAAACUUCAAGUUCCAAGAAUUUAGCAUUAUAUUUGAAAACUUCAACAAAUGAACAAGAUCAAGUUGAUGAUGAUGCCGAUAUGGAUAAGGAAAAUAUCACUCUUGAUAAAUUUAAUGAAAUUGAAGAUAAGAGACAUAGUAGUUCAAUCUUAAGACAUUCUGGAACCGCCAAUACAUUGAAUCGUACAUCUACACAAUCUCAUUUCAAAUCCAUGCUUAACGAUAUUGAUGAAACUAGGAUUGUAUCCAAAUUAGAUUCGGUCCAAAUACCAAGAGAUGAAACUGAACAUCAAGAUCUUAUACCAAAUCCAAGAUUUUCGAGAUUUUCAAUUGGUGGGUUGAUAUCUAAUGAUACUGUGACGAAUGAAGAAGGUGAUAUUACUAUCUUGCAGAAUACACUUACUGGAGGUGGAACGGUUGUUAGAAGGUCACUUUACAGGAAUGGAAGUAUAAAGAAAUCUUCCACCAUGUUAGGAUUGGGUAUUAAAGUCAGAGAGCACGCCAAGCAAAAGUCUCAAGGGGAUGAUGUGAAUGUAGAAGCUGGUAAAGAAGAUCAAUUUGAAGCUGAAGUUGAGGAUGACGAUGAUGAUGAAGAAACUGAUGUCAGUUCAAUUGGAACAGAAUUCUCAGCAAGGACUGCUUCUUCACAACGUCGUGAAAGUAAACAAGGAGAUUUGUUAGAAGUUGAAUUAUCCAAUUAUGAUCUUGUGAGUUCGAGAACGGCUGAGAUUGGGAAAAUGAACACUGAAAAGCCAAGUGUGGUAAAUUCUAAGGAAUCAUUGCCUUUGAGACAACAGGAGGAUGAUCAAGCUACUCUUGCAAGUGGUUCUCACAGCUUUGAAGAAGAAGGUCAAGAAGAGGAAGAAGAGCAUAGAAGUACAUUCAUUGCUGAAGGAAAUAUACAAGAUGUGGAUUAUUCACUUGCUGAAGAAACUGCUAUGGCCGAUGAUGAAGAAAAUGUUGGUGAUACCACUCGUGAAUUGGCUAGAUGCAGAACUUCAACUGGUGUCUUUAGUGUUAUUCAUCGUUCUCCUCGGGUUGAAUUAACAAAGGGUGAAUUUACAAAUGAAACAACAGUACCAGAAACUAUCAUAAACCAGGUUAUUGAAUUAAAGCCAGCUCAGCAUACCGAUUCUCCAUUACCAUCGCCUGCUAUUGACCGCCAAUCACAAUUUGUGCUUGAACAAGAAGAGGAAGAUAAAGAAGAUGAAGAAGAAUCGCCUUCAAGAGCAACCACCAGAAGAAGAAAGGUAGUUUCCAUCAAUGAAAAGAAAGAAUACAUAGAGCAACCACCAUUUACUUCACCAAUCACAAAUGAAGAAGAACCAUCAGUGGCACCUGUGAUGAAACGAUUUGCAUUGAAUCCUAAACGUUCUGCACCCAAACCACCAUCUGCACCACAACAAUCUUCAGAUAAAUGGCACGAUCGAUUCUCGAGAAUUUCUGCUGGGUCCAAACCAGUAUCCACCACAACUGAAGAAAAGAAGAGUAGUUGGUUUAUGAAAUUUUUCAAGUCAUUAACAGGUUCAUCCUCAAAGAAAGAUGAAUUGUCUGUUCCUGGAACGAAAUAUGCAUCUAGAGAUAUUGAAAUUAUUGAUUCUUCUUUAACUUCAGAUGAAUUGAUCCGAGUGAUUAGAACUCAAUUGGAAUUGAAAAAGAUUGAAGGUUCUAUUUCAAAAGUGGUUAUUGAUGAAGAGUUUGGGAUAAUUUCCGGAGUGAUUCCAUCGAAGUUUUCUGCUGGUAGAAAGUUGAAGUUCUCCUUAGAGAUUAUUGAUUUGAUUAAUAGUUCUUCCUUGCAUGUUAUUAGAAAUAAGGGGAAUGAUAAGGGAUUCCACAAUUUUGUGAAUGUGGUUAGAUAUAUUAUAAGAAAUGAAGAGGCUAUGAAUAGAAAAAGAUCGUCACAAAUAUACAAUAGAUGA